AUGGCUACAGGUGGUUUAUCACCAUCGCCUGUCACAGAACCAGUAAAAAGGCGUGCAGCACCAAGAACAAACUAUCAUUUGAUUAGCGAGGAUCCAACAAUUAGGGAUUAUACCAGUGCUGUCAAUGCCAAUGGACACAAGGGUUCUGCUUCUACUGAUGCUUCACGAGGCUGCUCUAAAUGUGGACAGUGUCCGGGACUGAGUCUUCAUUAUUGGAGGAAAAUUUGCCGUCACUGCAAAUGCCCACCAGAGGUGCAUGACCUAUCUGUUGGUGCCGACGGGGACAGCACUUUCGGGACCAAAGGGGCCGUCCGUAUAUCACGUGACCCCAAGCGGAACUCAACUUCUGAUGACGACAGCGGAUGCCCUUUGGAGGAGUUUGCCUGGGUGCCUCCGGGACUUCCUCCAGAACAG